UGGAGGGAAAGGAGGGGCGUCCCAAGGAAGGGUCUUUAAGGAAGAGGUGGGGGGGUGACAUCAAAAGAAAGCUCCCAGGGGCUGCCUCAGGGGAGCGAAGGUUUUUCGGGGACAGCUGGGGUCCCCAAUAGAUAGACCACUGUGCAAGCUGAGGGAGGUACUUCUUGGCGUAAGGCCUUGGGUAGGCAGGGGGCGAAGUCCUCGCUGAAGUGGGGGGAGGCCAGAGGAAGUGGCUUGGCCUGAAGUGGCACUGUGCCUGAUACAGGGGCUUGUGCAUCCCCCUAACCUUCAACUCUGCCUUCUGAGCCACUCCUCAGGGGGCAAAGACCCUCCUCUUCUUCCAACUCUUCUGUCCUUUGACCUCUGCCAACCAGUGUCUGAGCCCAGUGGUAGAACUUAUAAGUUGGUGAUAGAGUUCGUCUUAAUUUGUGGGAAUUGGAUUUAUUUCCCUUGUAUCCAUAUAGGGGUGGCACUACAGUCCUGUUAUUAUAGCCUUCCAUCUUUGGAUUGUUGGUUGGGGGUCUGCCUGCUUUUCCAGACUGACUGCUGACAGUCAGAAAAUUCCUGAGGUUCUCCACAGCUCUCUGGUGGUUCUCUGCACCCUUACUGGCCUCUGUAACUCAGACAAUUUGUUUACAGAAAGUUCAGGAGCCCUGGAAAGGAGAAGGAAUAAGACGGCAGGAGGAAGAGAGAGAGAGGAAUGGAAGAAUCUCACUUCAAUUCUAACCCGUACUUCUGGCCUUCUAUCCCCACAGUCUCGGGACAGAUUGAGAACACGAUGUUCAUCAACAAGAUGAAGGACCAGCUGUUGCCAGAGAAGGGCUGUGGGCUGGCUCCACCUCACUACCCCACCUUGCUGACAGUGCCUGCCUCGGUGUCCCUGCCCUCAACCAUCAGCAUGGACACAGAGUCCAAGCCAGACCAGCUGACCCCACACAGCCAGGCCUCCGUUACCCAGAAUAUCACAGUGGUCCCUGUGCCAUCUACAGGGCUGAUGACUGCUGGAGUCUCCUGUUCUCAGAGGUGGAGAAGAGAAGGGAGUCAAUCAAGGGGUCCAGGUUUGGUAAUCACGUCCCCCUCAGGCUCUCUUGUGACCACAGCCUCGUCAGCUCAGACCUUCCCCAUUUCGGCUCCCAUGAUUGUCUCAGCUCUUCCCCCUGGCUCACAAGCCCUGCAGGUGGUCCCUGACCUCUCCAAGAAGGUAGCAUCAACCCUGACAGAGGAAGGAGGUGGAGGUGGUGGUGGAGGUGGCACUGUGGCUCCUAAGCCUCCCCGGGGCCGGAAGAAGAAGCGGAUGCUGGAGUCAGGGCUGCCUGAGAUGAAUGACCCUUAUGUCCUAUCCCCUGAGGAUGAUGAUGACCAUCAGAAAGACGGCAAGACCUACAGGAGCGAAGGGAACUGCGGCACAGGAAAUGGACAGAGCCUUGGGCUCAUGGAUUCAGUUCCUGGCUCCACCUCGAACUUGCUGUGUGACCCUGGGUGCCGGAUGUGCUCACUGACAUUCUACUCAAAGUCGGAGAUGCAGAUCCACUCCAAGUCCCACACCGAGACCAAGCCCCACAAGUGCCCACACUGCUCCAAGACCUUCGCCAACAGCUCCUACCUGGCCCAGCACAUCCGUAUCCACUCAGGGGCCAAGCCCUACAGUUGUAACUUCUGUGAGAAAUCCUUCCGCCAGCUUUCCCACCUUCAGCAGCAUACCCGGAUCCACUCCAAGAUGCAUACCGAGACCAUCAAGCCCCACAAGUGCCCGCACUGCUCCAAGACCUUCGCCAACACCUCCUACCUGGCCCAGCACCUCCGAAUCCACUCGGGGGCCAAGCCCUACAACUGUUCCUACUGCCAGAAGGCCUUCCGCCAGCUCUCCCACCUCCAGCAGCACACACGAAUCCACACCGGUGAUAGGCCGUACAAAUGUGCACACCCAGGCUGUGAGAAAGCCUUUACACAACUCUCCAAUCUGCAGUCCCACAGACGGCAGCACAACAAAGAUAAACCCUUCAAGUGCCAUAACUGUCAUCGGGCGUACACAGACGCAGCCUCACUCGAGGUGCACCUAUCUACGCACACGGUGAAGCAUGCCAAGGUGUACACCUGCACCAUUUGUAGUCGGGCAUAUACGUCGGAAACGUACCUUAUGAAACAUAUGCGCAAACACAACCCUCCUGAUCUCCAGCAACAAGUGCAGGCAGCGGCGGCAGCAGCAGCAGUGGCCCAGGCCCAGGCCCAGGCUCAGGCUCAGGCUCAAGCUCAAGCCCAAGCUCAAGCCCAGGCUCAAGCUCAAGCCCAAGCCCAAGUUCAAGCCCAGGUCCAGGCCUCCCAAGCAUCGCAGCAGCAGCCUCAGCCACCACACUUCCAGUCCCCUGGGGCAGCCCCCCAGGGUGGGGGUGGUGGGGAAAGCAACCCCAACCCUCCACCCCAGUGUUCCUUUGACCUGACUCCCUAUAAGACGGUGGAGCAUCAUAAGGACAUCUGCCUCACUGUCACCACCAGCACCAUCCAGGUGGAACACCUGGCCAGCUCUUAGAGACCCAUCCUGCCACCCACUGGGGAGAAGGGAAAGAAGUUCUGGUCCCUUCUUUCUCUAUUUCCUCUUGGUGGGAAAAGUCCUCUUCUUCCUUGACAGGCCUUGGCUCCAUCUCCUGGGGCCUGAGGCACAGCCUUCCUUCACAGGAUACCAUCCCUAUUCCCAACUCUUCUUCAAAAGGAACAUCUGCCCUCCUGACUGGCAGAGGAAUACUGAGCUGGUAGUGUAAUCCAGCAGCCUCCCCUCCCAAGCAUAGCUUUUGAAAAUUGGGGGUUGGUGCUCAAGGGAGGGAUUUGCUAUGACCUCAUAGAAACUUGUCCAGUGUGGGCACUUACCUUCUCCUUACCCUCCUCAUCCUCAGAGUUUGGGCUGACAGAAGACUAGAGGCUGGCCCUCCCAGAUAGCAGAGAGGAGGGAGUUCUACAUGCAAACUGCCUCCUGUUUUGUUUUUGCCUGCAAAAGAACAGAGGCUUCUCAUAUGCCCCAACCCCAGAAACCAUUUUUCUUUCUCUAAAUGGUCUCACUUCACUUCCUACCUAAUACUGGAGGAAGGAGAUUUAGGUGAGGAUCAGACCUCCCUUUAUUUGUAAGGGGCAAGGGCUGACAUGUGGUCCCCAAGGGGCCAGAGAUUCCCAGGGUGGUCAAGAGUGGCUUAAAAGUGUGGGUCAUGGUUUUCUUUGGAGCCUCUCUCCCCCUUCUCUGCCAACCAAGUUCUUGUACUCUCAGUCUCUCCAUCCCAAGUCCCAAGGAGCUGUGGGAGAUUUGUGUUAUCUAUGAAACCCCAAAACAAGGGGUGUUGCAGAGAAGGGAGAGUUCAGGGCAAACAAAAGGACUGGACUUAGCUCCCUAGGUGCCACGGUCAGUUGCUGGACAUGGAUUUAUAUAUAAAUAUAUAUAUAUAUAUAUAUAAAUAUAUAUAUACCCACUCCUCAUGGCCAUCUUUGUUGUAACCAUUUCUGUGUUUAUAAAUGCAUUAUCUUUGAGAAUUUUCAUAUUUGAUGUUUUAUUUUAUUUUACCAUUUUUUCUUCCUCUCCCCCCUGUCCUCUGGCCAUGGCGUUAUUUCCUUUUGUCUUUUUUUUUUUUAUUUUUAAAUCAUGGCAGAUUUCAGAGAAAAGAGAAAAUGAAAAAAAAAUCAGGAAACCAGUUGUUAUAAAGCAAUUUAAAAAUGAAAAAAACCUUAUGUACAAAACAAGGGGUGUUUUUAGAACAUUGUAUAGAAAUAAAUUCAUGUAAAAGGA